GACUUCAACAGGAAGAACGAGUUUUGCUCGAGUUUUUUGCUUCUGUUAAGAAUAUCGGGUUUUGCUUGAUUGAGAGGGAAAGGCUGAAAAGAAGGAAAGAUGCAGGCUGUGAAAGAGAAGGUGAGCAAUGCAGCCAGUGUAGCCAAAGAGCAUAUCGACAUUUACAAAGCUAAGGUAGAAGAAAAGGCUGAGAAAGCUAGUGCGAGGAACGAAACCGAGAAGGAAAUAGCGCAUGAGCGAAGGAAGGCCAAAGAAGCUGAAGCCAAGAUGGAGAUGCACGCGGCCAAGGUCGAGCACAAGGCCAACAAGGAGAACGCCAAGCAUGCUCACGCCGUCGGCACCCAUGCUCACCACUACCUGGUCGGAGCCGCGCAUCCUACCGCAGGGGCUGCAGUGGUCCAGACCACCCGUCCGGAAGACCAGCUCGUUGCCACACACGAACACCACGGCCACCACUACCCUCCUGGCGCACUGCCUUCUACGACCGGGGCCGUCGACCCAUCGUACCCAGCCGUCGGCACCCCUGCUCACCACUACCCGGUCGGAGCCGCGCAUCCUACCGCAGGGGCUGCAGUGGUCCAGACCACCUGUCCGGAAGACCAGCUCGUUGCCACACACGAACACCACGGCCACCACUACCCUCCUGGCGCACUGGCUCCAACGACCGGGGCCGUCGACCCAUCGUACCCAGCUGCUGGGUACCCUCCGGCUGAGAAGUACCUCUAGAUCUAGAUUAGCCAGUUAUGAGAUUCACGGACCAUGACCUCUGUUGUGGUUGCUUCGUGCCGGGUCUCUCUCUCUCUCUCUCUCUCUCUCUCUCUCUCUUCAAUGUAAUUUGGGUCAUUACUUUUACAUGUAAGAGACGGUAGCAUGUUUGAUGUUAUUACAGUGGUUAGGAUCUGUUUUAUCA